AACACUCGUACAACGUUAUUUAGUAAUAUAGUACAUUUUUGGAAUACAGUUUGACAAACUUACAAAUUUACAAUAAAUAGUGAAAUGAUUUGCUUCCCGUAUUUAUAAUAAAUCUACAAAUUUACAUGUGAUUUGAAUUUGCAGAUUACAUUUAAUUUGAAUUUUCAGAUUACACGAUAGUAUCAUAUCAAUCUCCAUGAGAUAAUGAUUGGCUUGACUGAGGAUUAUUUGCUGAUAGAGUUUGAAUUUUGAAACAGUCUGGUUUGAAUUUGUGUUUUAGCUGUAAUUGCAGGAGAGGGAGAGGAUAAGGAUAAGGAUAAGAAUGAGGUUGUUUCAAUACAUAAUGCCUCUACUAAAUGUGCACUAGAAGCAUACUAGUUGAGGUAUGAUUCAUAUUGGAGUGCCCCUCCCAAGGUAAUCUAGCUCAGAAUGCAUGUAUCACGUGGAUGAACCGUAAAAUAAAUCUCUUUAAAAGCAAUCAUAUACUUUUAAGUCUUUAAGUACCUUUUAGAGAUUUGGGGGGAAAAACAAGUUGAUCCUUGCCUCGCAGCACAAGUUCAACACAGUACACCAAAAUCUAUUAGAAGCCUCAAAAACAAGACAACAGAGAAUUGGUAAACCGAAGGCAAUGAAAUGAGAUGCUAGACUUACCAGAGAAGAAAAAUCUGUUUAAAAGAAUCUCAUAUUUCUUUGUUCCUCUAUAGAGGCAAAGAAGCAAGAGGAGAAAGUUGGUCCCAAGGCACAGAACAGCACAAAAGCCCCAAAAAGUAUCCAAGGUAUCAAAUGCAUACUUAUAUAUAACCAAUCAACCUUCAAUGUUGAGCAUUACCUUCAUCAAGUUCAAAAACCAAACACAUUUGAUUUGAAUUCUUCUUGAUCAUCUAUAUAUGGCAGAACAAAGGCAACCAUUUCGCUUUCGGCUCCCCUGGCUAUCAACACCUGCUGCUCCAGCCCCACGCCCAGCUACUCAGUCACAACCCCCUCGUCCUCCAGUUCAAACACAAACAUCUACACAGCCAACCACUACUACUGUCCCCUAUCAGAGACCACCAUUUAGGCCUGCAGGGAUAGCCCCAGCACCCCAAGUCACUUCCCAAGCUCAAGCACCUCAGAGAACUGAACCUCAGCAACCAUCACAAUCUCGUGCAACCACCCAACCCCAAGUCACUUCCCAACCAACAUCAAAACCAUCUCGUUCAACAACACAAGCUCAAGCUGCUGUGCCACCACCAUCUCGUGCAACCACCCAACCCCAAGUCACCUCCCAACCAGCAUCAUCACCAUCUCGUUCAACAACACAAGCUCAAGCUGCUGUGCCACCACCAUCUGGUGCAACCACCCAACCCCAAGUCACUUCCCAACCAGCAUCAUCACCAUCCCGUUCAACAACACAAGCUCAAGCUGCUGUGCAACCACCAUCUGGUGCAACCACCCAACCCCAAGUCACUUCCCAACCAGCAUCAUCACCAUCCCGUUCAACAACACAAACUCAAGCUGCUGUGCCGGCACCAUCUCAUGCAACCACCCAACCCCAAGUCACUUCCCAACCAGCAUCAUCACCAACUCGUUCAACAACACAAACUCAAGCUGCUGUGCCACCACCAUCUCGUACAACCAACGGGUCUCGGGUCACUUCUCAACCAGCAUCACCAUCCCGCACAACAAAUCAAACCCGGAAUGUAGCAUCUCUGCCUUCAUCACCAUCACGGGCAGCACCUCAAUCACGAGCUUACUCUGUGCCCCCAUCACCAUCUCGCACAUCUCAAACACAACCAGCAUCGCGGACAGACCCCCAGCCUGAGGCUCCACCUCGUUUGUCCUCUCAACCUGCUGGCCGAACAACAUCACAACCUUCUUCUCCAUCUCUCACAACCACUCAGGUACAACCAACUGGUACAACAGAUUCACAACCUAAAAUUCAAGAAAGCUCUCAGCCUACUCCCACUUCUACUCAAUCUCCAUCUCUCAUGACCACUCAGGUACAACCAACAGGUCCAACAAAUUCACAACCUACAAUUCAAAAAGCCUCUCAGCCUACUCCCACUUCUACUCAAUCCCCAUCAUCUGUAUCUGAGCAAGAGCCAAAGCCAGUAGUUGUGUCUCAGCCACCAUCACAAGAACCUCAACCAAAGGCACAAGUUCCAUCUGAAACUAUUUCCAAACCCCAGAACCAUACACCAAUUGAAACCUCCUCUCAACCUGAUGGAGUGGGAACACAGCCUACAAAAGUUUCCCCAGCUUCUAUAGAAGCCACAGAAACACUUGCUCCAACCAAGAAAUUAGAUUCUAAGCCCCUCCCCGAGAAAGAGUCAGAGGAAAGUCAAGUUGGGAAGAAAGUAGUGCAAGAAAAAAUUGAAGAAGAAAAGAAAAGUGGACCAGCUUAUGAAGAACCAGCGAAGAGAACAAUCGCUGAGCUUGUUAGCUCAGCAACAGCUGGUUUAGAAACACAGGCUAAAGACCUACAAAGUUUUGUAUUUCAUGCUAAACAUAAGCAGCAUGAGGAGAGGGAAGAAACUUUUGAGAGAAAGGAAACAGUUGUGACCACCAGCUCUAAUGCAAAACAGAUCAAAACUUCAAGUUCAGUGCAUCCAAAGGGCAGGCACACAUCAAUCAGAUCAACAACACAAAAGCCGAGUGCCAUCUCCAGUGGGGGACAAGUUCCUCCAUUCCAUGAAGAGGUCACAAAAGAUAUUUCCAGAUUUGUUCAAAAACUAGCCAGUGGCCAUCAGAUGGAUGAAAAUCCAGUUAGUAUCAUAAACUUAACUGGUGAAAACAGAGGAGCAACAAUGCACUUAAACUCAGAGCUGGCUGAAAAAGAAGAGGCUGUCCACAUUCACCGGGGUUAUAAGCUCAACCCAGAUGAGAGCAUUAAUGACACUACUGAUAUAGAGGGAAGCUCCAAGGACAAAGUGUCCAAAGAGAAUUUUCCAUCAUGUCUACAUGUGAAUAGCAAUGUACAGAGUAUCAAUAACUCGAUUGUGUCUGACACUUCUUUCACAGCAAGGAAUCCUGGUGUUCAUUGUGCUCUAUCUCUUGAUCAAGCAGACCCCAUCAAAUCAAAUGGUAAACCGGAACUUCUGGAAACACGCAAGGCUGAGUUCAAUGUCACCCCGGCUGAGAAGCAUACAUAUGAACCUACCGUUAAAAGACGGUGCCUCAGAGGCCUUUUCAUGGAAUCUAGUGACUCAGACCCAGAUAAUCCUGAAAAGCCUCGUCGUCAUGGUUGCCGGUAUAGUUGUGGGGAUCAGAAGAACAAAGAUAAAGAUAUUGGAGCUCAAUGAUCAAGUGAAUUACAACAAUCUCAUAUUAUCUACUUACAGACAUUAAAAAAUAUAUUUGUACAAAGAAUAAUACAAUAAAUGUUUGUCAUGUAUUGAUAAUCUAAGGAUGCUAUAUCAUCCACCUUGUCAAACAAGUAUAUGCUAUGUACUGUGAUUAUCAUUUCUAUUAUCAAGAAAGUAUAGCACAAGAUUUAAUUUGCAUUGUUCUGUGACUCCGAACUAGAAUUCUCUACAGGGGACAAAGAAAUAUGGUAUUUUUAUAAAAAAGAUUUUUCCUUCUGUGCUAGGUCUAGCAUUUCACUUCAAAUGCCUUUUAAGUUUUCCAUUCACUUUUACUUAGGCUUCCUAUAGAUGUUAGGAUUAAUUUGAACUUAUGCUGGGAGGGAAGGAUCUAUUAAUAGGCUUUAAAGUGCAGAAUUUAAUUCAAAAGAGCUUUCUUGUUACAUAUCAUCCACAGGAGACAUGUAUAACUAGCUAGAUCACCAUGGCAGACACUCCAGUACCCCUCCUUCAAAUUACCAAACAUUCUCUCUCUCAACUCCAAAAUCAAAAUUGAAAAUAAUAUUUCAACUUUCCUUCAUCAUGUGUCACCUUGUCCCAGAUAAAUUAAUUAAUUUUUUUAAAAAUAAAAAUAAAUUUUCAUCUUUUUUGUUAUUACAUUUUACUUCUUUAUAAAAUCAAUAUUGGUUUGAUUAGUAUUAAUUCAUCAAUUUAUAUGUUAAAUCCUUUUCUUCUUUUUUUGGGAUAGUUUAAGGCUGUAAGGUGAUUCUAUUAUUAAGUAAAGUUGUAACAAACCCAUAUCAAUAUUGGUUUGAAUAUGUGUUUUGUUUUUGCCAAAUCAGCCCAUAUGACUCAGUUUUGCCCAAAGUGAAAUCACAAAACUCAAGCGGUCAAGCUUAAUUUCAACCAAAGUAAGAUAAAAAAAACACCGUAUCAUUUUCAAUCAAAAAAAAAAAAAAAAAAAAACAAAACUCCACGGUUACCGAUUGAUAUCGGGUCGCUGGAUUGCUUGUGGAAUUGUUGCAGCGUGGUACUGAUCAAGUGAGGGCCAUGGUGGUGGUGGUGGUGGUGGUGGCUCUUGCGGCAGCGGCGUUGAUGGGAUUUCGGUGGUGGCAGUUCUUGUAAUCUGGGAGCUUCGGUUUAUCGGCGGCGUGGGUUUGGGAUUUUCUGUGUGUAGAAGAGCACGACAGUGGGGUAAGGAUUUUUAGUCUAUGGUGGAGCUGUCAUUUGCGGUGGUUGGGUUUUAAAUGAUGGGGUUUGCGAUGGAUGGGUUACCGGUGAUAUAAAGGGUCGGACGUGGUGGAUUUUCGGUGGAUGGUAGCUUUGGUGGGAAAAUACGGUGGUUCCGAAAUUUGUGGGUUUUGACAGAUUGUUUUCAUUUCG